UUUGGAACUUUUGAAAUUUACUUUAUUGAAGCAUGCACAUUACUAAGGUGUUGCACAUUUUAAUGGUGUUAGUAACUUUAUCGGAUACUCUAACUGCAUCUAACUUUCAAACUGAUUUCUUGCGACGGGUAAAUAAUCAUCGGCGUAAGUUUGGCUGCCCCGAUCUUCGACUAAGUAAUCGUCUUUGCAAAUCAGCUGGAGAAUAUGCAAAAUUCCUCAGCACAAAUCGGGAUGAGGAUGUGCCUGAUGGUUCAAGUGUAUGCCUUACCUACGACGAUCCACUAUCCUGUGUUGACAAUUGGUUCGAUGAAAUAAAAUACUACAACUUUGAGAAUGGUGCGUAUGUAUAUGAGGCCGAAGACUUUACGCAAAUGAUAUGGAAAUCUAGUGUAUGGUUUGGCGUUGGAAAAUUUAUUAGUGAAACUGAUGGAGAGAUCACCGUUGUAGCAAAAUAUUUUCCUGUUGGCAAUCUAAGAGGAACUUUUGUCAAUAAUGUUCCGAAUAUAUACAAAAACCUUUCCAGCUCAAAUCUUAAACCAAUCAGUUGCUUUUCAUGGAUAUUUUCAACUAUUGUUCUAAAAUUGGGGGUUUUUAAAUUAUUCUGCUUAUUUGAAUAAAACCAUAAAAAUAAAACUAUAA